CAACCCACCACCUCACUGCUCCCGUCUCCUAACUAUCAGCACUUCAAACAAGUAUAUAAGAUAUGGAGCUUUCUGUGGCCUCCGUCUUCUUAGUCGACUCAAUCAUAAUCCCAGCGAUUCCGUACUACCGUCUUUUGCGAAAUGUCGUUUCUGCAGAUCCCGCUCUUCCCCGCUCUCUGGGCCCCUUCCCCGUCGCCGAUCGCGGAGGUCCUAUCCAACGAUCACCUUCUCUCGCUCGUUCUGCGAUCGCUCACGCGCGACUCCUUCCGCUACGCGCUCGUCUGCAAGCGAUGGUACGCCGCGGCGCGCCUCUCCCUCGCGCACCUCACUAUCAAAUUCGAGAUCCGAUCCUCCGUUCUCUUAGAUACGAUUCGCCGCUUUUCCUCGCUCACGCACGUCACGCUGGGCCAAUACAAAGUCCAGGACGCGCAGGGCGAUGCGCUCUUCCAGUGCCUGGGCGCCACGUGUCCGCAUUUAACGCACUUGACCGUGAACUACCAGUUGCACAUGCGCGUCACUUCCACCGGCCUCUCGUCGCUCUUCCGCGGCUGUCCCAGGCUCCGCGAUCUCCGCUUGCUCACCCUCAACUCCCUCCCGCACCUCCCGUCCUCCAUCACUCUCCUCACCGACCUUCGAACCCUCCACCUCUGCCCCUGCCCCUGCCGCUACCCCUGCUGCCGCUACGGAGUCGAUCGAUUUGAGCAUCUCGUUUCGCCUCCCGAAAGCCUCGGCGCGCUUCAGAAGCUACAGGAGAUCCGUGUUAUAACAGGAUCGCCGUUCCAAGGCCUCUCGGAUUGCAUCAGCAGCCUCACUAACCUCCGGAGCCUGACCUUUCUCAACCCCUCCCUCACUCAACUACCUGAGGCCGUGGGCUACCUACCGCUGUUGCAAACAUUAGAAGUCGAAAUGGAGAAUCUAAGGCAUAUUCCGGAUUCCUUCCAGCAGCUGACCAGCCUUCAGUUCUUAUCGCUGCGAUGCAGGUAUUUGAAGCGCCUGCCAGAGCAUGUGGUAGGGGCGAUGACACAGUUAAGAACGCUGUCUCUCUGCUGCACGUCUCUCCAAGGCCUGCCAGGCAGCUUGUGCUCCCUCCCCCUCUCCUCCCUCUCCAUCCUCUCCUGUCAUGUAGCCACCCCCUCCAUCCUCGCGUCCCUCCCUGAGGAUUUCGGAGCCCUGGAAAAGCUUGAAACCCUAAGGCUGGAGCAUCUUCCCAACCUUAAGUGUCUGCCCGAAAGCGUGGGUGAUUUGCCCAGAUUGCGAUCCACGUCCAGCAAGUUCCAGCACAAGGCACAGCAGCCACAGCCACAGUGCAGCAGCGUGCAGCACAAGGCACAGCAGCCUUGGGGCCUGGCGUCUCUCACCACCCUCAAGCUCAGUUAUUGCCCUCAGAUCUCCUCUCUCCCAGAGGCCAUCUCCUCCCUCACCGCCCUCCGCUCCCUCACCCUUGACCGCAUGAGCGGCCUCACCAGCCUGCCCGAAUCUCUCGGGCAAUUGAAAAGCCUUCAGCGCUUGGAGCUUGAAUUCAUGGAAAACUUAUCUGGGCUGCCCAAGUCACUCGAGCAGCUGAGAAGCCUAGAAUGCCAGGUGAUCAAUGGGGGCGAGGUGACAUUCCCGUGGUGGGUCGAGUGGCUGCUGAUUGGAGUAGUGAAAUUGCUGUUCCACGCUGAUGGAGGCUAGGCUAUACAAGACAGACAACCUCUCUUUUCUCUUGUUGGCAUCCUCAUUCUUUGCUUGACGCGGCUUCGAAGAGAGGUAAUAACAGUGGCCAGACUGG